AUGUAUUAUUAUAGUGGUAUUUUUUGGAUGUUAAUUUAUUUUAUAUUAUCUGUAUAUGGUGAACGAGAUCUAUUCGGAAAAAAAUGCAAACGUGCAUGUGAUACUAAACAUGGUACAUUCGAUUGUUGGAAAGCAACUACAAAUGGAUUUACUUAUGGUUUAUCAACAGCUAUGAUUGAUUAUUGUGAAGUAAUAUUGAAUCUUCGUCAAAUAACCAAUGAUAAAAUAUCUUGGUAUAAUAUUAGUCGUGAUAUACUUAUUCAACAAAUUAUUCAAUACGAUCUUGAUCCAAAAGUUCAUCAAUUGACUAAGAAUGAUAUUCAAGAAGUUGCGAUAUCACUUCUUAAUAAAUGUUUUUAUACAACAUCUAUAUCUUCUUCUUUGCAACCAUCAUGUCCAUCAUGUUCUAUAAAACAAAUCAACUUAAUAAAACAAUGGCGUGUAAUAUCACUAUUUCUUAUAUCUAGUUGUGUUCUUUUCAUUGUUAUUAUUUUAUUCUUAUAUACAUUCCAUACUCAUAUAAAUCAUUAUUCAUAUGAAUCGAUUAGUUAA